ACAACCUCGAGAGUAAUGUGGAUAUGUAAGCAGGCCCGAACCCGGCCCAUAAUGCUAGUCAGCCGAUCCGGAUGCGACCUAUUUCACCGUAUAAAAAUCGAAGGAAGAGAGCUAGGGUUCUUCGGAAUCUCCCGCUGCGUGGCGUUUCGCAUCCACAGCUACAAAUUUUCUCGCGAUCCAAACAAGAUGACUAAGCGAACGAAGAAGGCUGGUAUUGUUGGGAAGUACGGUACCCGUUAUGGUGCUAGUCUGCGAAAGCAGAUUAAGAAGAUGGAGGUCAGUCAGCAUAGCAAAUACUUCUGUGAGUUUUGUGGGAAGUAUGCUGUGAAGAGAAAGGCGGUCGGGAUUUGGGGCUGCAAGGAUUGCGGCAAAGUCAAAGCAGGCGGUGCAUACACAUUGAACACUGCUAGUGCGGUGACAGUUCGGAGCACAAUUAGGAGGCUCAGGGAGCAAACCGAGAGUUGAGCCUAGUUAUUGGCUUUUUCUGUGGUGAUUAUGUUAAAUGUUAAUCUAGUCUUGAAUACAGACCACCUGAGUCAUUUUCAUUAUUAUUUGAAGUUUUUGAGGAACCAGUUAAGUUUAUUAGUUGAAAGGCAGUGGAAAUUGUUGGAAUUAGGUUGUUUGAGACAAUUAAUUGCAAUUAUCGAAUGUUGUGAACAAUCUUGUGGUUGGCUUUAUUAGAGCUAUUGAAAUUUUUACUCAGGUUCUAUUGAUGA